ACACAUCCCGACCACCACUUGAAGUUCUUCGGCCUGUUCCAUACCAGGUGUUGGGUUAGAUCCUGUUACAGAACAGGUGUUGGUGAAGUUCCUGGUCUGUUGUCGGACCUCUGAAGGUGUUGUAUCGCAGCCAUGCCGCUGAGCCGCGGAGCUCUCUUCCCGCCCUACGUCUCCAGGGACCCUGCCCCCGGCGCCAGGAGACCGUGCCGCUGUAAGAUGUCGCUGGGUCUUUCCGGAGCCGCGGGGCUCUCCUCCAGCCUCCAGGCGCUGAUGCAGCUGGGCGAGGAGCGGGCACGGGAGGAGCGCCAAGGGGAUCCCGGCUGCGGACACGGCGACACGCCGGGCGCUAUGGUGGAGCUAAGGAUCGGACCGGUGGGGGCCCUGCGGUACCUGGAGCCGGACAGGGGCGGGCUGGAGCGCGCGCAGAGGCGACGCCGUCUCGCGGCCAACGCUCGUGAGAGGAGGAGGAUGCUCGGGCUGAACGUGGCAUUCGACCGUCUGCGGAGCGUCGUCCCGGAGAGCGACCGGAGGCUGUCCAAGGCAGAGACCCUCCAGAUGGCGCAGAUCUACAUCAACACGCUCAGCGAGCUGCUCCAGGAGGAGGGGCCCUCCCUGACCGCCCUGUCGGCCCGGGACCCUGCAGGGGGCCCGGCGGGGGACGCUGCGGGGGGGCAGAGCUUGUACUCAACUGCGAUCUGCAGAGGCAGCGAGAUGAAGAAGGAUGGAAGGUACUGCAGCGGCGGCCAAUUGGAUAGAACCAACGGGACCAAAUGAACUACAGACUAAAACAAGACUUAUUUAUUGACAUUUAUGAUUA